UGGGCCUAAAACGCCCCUUUCCUCUGAUUGGUCAAUCCACACCAUCAUCUCUUCCUCAAAUGCUGAAUAACAGUCCACCGCUGUCAUAAAACUUUGAAAUUUCAUUUGUCUGGUUUUAGAUUCAUUUAUCAUUCUUAAUAUUAUUUUUCAGAACAUGUUACUGAUCCAUAUUUAUUGCACCUAUGCUAUCUCUCAUUAUGCAAACAAUGAAACAAAUAUCAGAGUUAAUGUCCACUGAAUGUUUGAAGUGAACAGUAAUAUGCAAUAAAAACACACAGAAAUGAUGAUCAGAAUGUAUAAUAUUUUAAUCAAGUGAAAUAUGGUCCAGAAGCAUCACUCACUUCUACAUCAUUUACUUUAUUGAUCUUAUCUGUUCUGUUGAAACUGUUAUUCACACAUGAUUCAGACAAUUGACUGUUCUCACGCCACACGUCCCUUAUCUCACGCAGUGAUAACGUCUUGACAGAGCAGCCAGCACCGUGCAGCAGAGAGACUUUAUUAAGACCAAUCAGGGGAAAACAGCUGCAAAACAUCUCUCCCUCUUUCGCGCGCACCCCCGCCCAACAAGUCUCGCGAUGGUAUAUGCUUCCGAUGAAGCCAUCCGUCUGCGUUCUCUCUCUCUCUCUCUCUCUUUAUAGACAAGAAAACAUACAAAACUCUCGUAGGGGAGAAAUAAGAAACAUACAUCAAUAGGAUUGUCAGUGAAAAUGAAAGAAAAGCGUCCCCUUUAUUCUAUUAAUUAACCUUUUAUUAAAAUAAACCGAAAGGGUUUGACAAUUUAUUUAUUCUGUGCCACGCGUAGAUUGCCGUACCCAUGCCCACACAGAAGAAAGCUGGCACAGACCCCUAGACUCUGCCCUGACUAGUACGGUUUGUGCCAUAUUAACGCACGGGCUUACCGGAGCUUAAGUUUAUCGGGGCCCCAAAUGGAAUAAACGCGUCGUUUUCUCGUUUCUGCUGAUUUCUUUUCCAAUUAAAAAUCAAACCGUCUAAACGCACACGGACCAGAUCCAUUGCGCAAAUGAAGCGCAAAACAGUGUUUUCUAAAGCGCAGAUGCCUGUGACAGCUCCCCGCUUCUGCUUUACAUUCAGUCCGAAUCACUGGACAAAGAAAUGUGUUGAUUUCUCUUAUUUAUUGUGCACACACAGUUAUUCGACUAAAGAAACAUGCAGUAUAAUAAGCAUGUUAUAUAUGAGGAAAUGACAGUGGUGACGUGAUGUCCACCUCCUCCUCCAUCUUUACUCGCACACUAAAGGUUUGAUUUAAAUGCAUAUGGUCUGUUUUGUAAAGCUUAGAUCAACCCAAUCAGUGUUUGCAUUUUCUGACAAUUGAAGAAAAUGACUCGCACGUUCAAUUUAUCCUGUUUGUGCUUAUGGCACCUGUUUGGUGUGUUUGGUUUUCAGACAGAUGGAGUGAAGACAGUGUCAGGGACUGAGGGAGAUUCUGUCACUCUACACACUGAUGUUACUGAAGUAGUGGGACGUGAUGUGAUACUGUGGACAACCCUUGGAUAUAACAUUGCGAGAUUCAAUAGAGCAUCCCAAAAAAUUUCUAAAUCUGAUGGACCUAAUGGGAUAUUCAGAAACAGACUGCAUGUGACAUUUCGCACUGGAGAUCUCAUCAUCAAUGAUGUCAAAACUGAACACUCUGGACUUUAUGAAGUUAAGAUCAUGCAGGGAAAUAAGGUCUCAUACAAGAGAUAUAAAGUUGAGGUCCAUGCUCUUCUGCCCAUUCCUGUCAUCAGCAGAGACUCUCCGCUGUAUGAUUCAUCAUCUAAAAAUUCAUCUAAAUGUGUGUUGGUGUGUUCAGUGGUGAAUGUGACACAGGUGACUCUCUCCUGGUACAAAGGAAACAGUUUAUUCUCCUCCAUCAGUGUGUCUGAUCUCAACAGCAGUCUCUCUCUACAUCUGGAGUGCGUCAAUGAUUCUUACAGCUGUGUGGUGAACAAUUCAAUCAGCAACCAGACUAAACAUCUCGAUAUCUCGACUGAUCUUUGUCAGCCAUGUUCAGACCACUGUUGUAGUCUCACUGAAGCUGUGAUCCGAUUGGUCAUCUCUGGUCUGGUGGGCGUGGCUUGUGUAGCUGUACUGGUUUAUGACAUCAGAUCCAGAAGAACUGAACAGAAGAGAUACAUCAGACAACACCAUCAGACUCGCACGGAUAAACAUGAUUGAACAUCGUGUCUCACAAACAGUUUUCACAUUCACUUUAGUACCAUUUAAAGCAAUGCACCAUUUUGUACCAUUUCUUCUCAAGAGCAAGUCUCACAAUCUGACCAAAAAUUAAUGUAAUUUUUAAAAUAUGGUUUGUGAAAGUGGAUCACACUUCAGUGUGGGGCUCGCCAAAGCUGAGACUUUAUUCCAAAAAAGAUUCAAAAAUAUGUCAGUGAUGUGUUAUAUCACUCUAUUUUAAGUACACACUGGAUGGAAAUUAAAGUGUGUUAAUAAAUGGACUGUGACUUCAGAGGCAAUGUUAGCAUGUUUGACUGAACUUUCAGAGCAAUUCAGAUUGUUACUUUCAUGAAGGAUGAAUAUUCAAAGUUCAUGCAAAAGCUUAAAACAAACGGCUUGAA